AUGGGUGAUAAGGGAGACUCAUCCAAGAAACAACCACAACAAUCUCACCACCCUAAACAGCAGCAGCAGAUUUCAUCUUCUCCAAAAUCCCUACCACAAGCUUCUGCUGAGGAACCAAUAUCAGAAACAAGGACAAUCCAUCACCAACAGCAACAGUCACCAGUUGUUGUUGUGAGUGGAGCAACUCCAUUCAUCUCAUCAAGCCCUCUCUAUGUCUCAAGUGGUGCAAGUUCUUCACCCUUUGAGCAGCAACAACAGCAACAAUUUGAGGCACUGAAUGUUAAGAGGCCAAGGUACAGUACUGGACAAUGGAAGCUUCUUCCAUCACCAUCCUCACAGCAGCAUCAGAAACAGAUGGCGGCCAUGCUCCCAAGCGAAUCAAGCCCUUCACCAUCAGCAAAUCCACCACAACCCUUACAAACAUAUGCUGCUGCUGCAGCAGCAGCAGCUGCAUCAUCUUCAUCAGACACAGCAUCAUCUCCAAGUCACUCACCUAUGCCUUUGCUCUCAGGUGGUUCUGGCCAUGAAGGGAGCAAGCCAACAUCAGAAGGAGAACAACCACCACAGCAACUUCAUCACCAGCAACUAAGAAAAGGGAAGUAUGUGAGUCCAGUUUGGAAGCCUAAUGAGAUGCUAUGGCUUGCAAGGGCAUGGAAAGCACAGUACCAAGGUGGUGGUUCUGAUGGUUCAUCUUCAAGAACAGAACAACAGCAAGAAUUGGGAGGAAUGAGUAGAGGGAAAACUAGGGCUGACAAAGAUAGAGAAGUAGCUGAGUUUCUUCAGAGGCAUGGGGUCAGCAGAGAUGCUAAGACAGCAGGGACCAAAUGGGAUAACAUGUUAGGUGAAUUCAGGAAAGUGUAUGAAUGGGAGAGAGGUGGUGAGAGAGAACAAGUUGGAAAGAGCUACUUUAGGCUCUCACCAUAUGAGAGGAAGCUUCAUAGGUUGCCAGCUUCCUUUGAUGAGGAGGUUUUUGAGGAGCUUUCACAGUUCAUGGGGUCCAGAAUGAGGUCCUCCUCUCAUGGUGGCGGCAGAGGUGUAGAUGAUGGUAGGACAGCAUCACAUGCUGCUGUUGCUACAGUGAGACCUCUGCCACUGCCUCCACCUAGGCCUUUCAAGGAUGAUGAUCUUCCUCUCUCAGCCAGGACAACAAAGCAAUUGGGUGGUAAUGAAGCUUUCUUUCAUGGUCCCAACAGAGGUAGCUUAUUAGGGUUGGACCCUCAUCAGCAUAAUGUAUUGGACAUUCAAGGUGCUUCAUCUUCUUCAUCUUCCAGAGAGCUGAGAAGAAUUGGGAAGAUAAGGAUGACAUGGGAAGAAUGUGUGAGCCUUUGGGCUGAAGAAGGUGAAGUUCAUAGAGGGAGAGUGAGGGUUCAAGCUUCAAGCUUUUUGAAUGCUGAUGAACUCACUUACUUCGAUGAAUCCAUGGUUCCAUGUCUCAUGGAGUCCUUCGAAGAUGGUCCCCUAAGAGGCUAUUCGGUUGAUAGAUUUGUUUCAGGUCAGCAAGUCAAAGUUUUUGGGAGAAGAAAAUCGUCUUCGGCUUCGUCACCUCCUUCUUCUGGUUUUAACGAAAGACUUCAAUUUCCAUCCAAAUCACCUUCCAUAAGAUCAGCGAAUACUACAACAACAGUAGAGUUUAGGGACCCAAGUGAAUACUACGUGGAAUGUUUGCAACAGAGAAUAAUGUCAUCACUACAACAACACUCACUUCCAACCUUAUUCGAAUUGAAACGCUACUUGCAAGAGCCACCUCCACAGGACUUACGCUUCCCACUCCGUAAACAGGUUUACGACGACUUACCAUCUUCCAAAGACCUCUUCUUCGCUCCUUCAACUCACCCGCCUUUCUUGGAUUCUAGAACCUUCCUCUACGACGUCGUUUCCCCUCUCAUCAGAUCCAACAACCCUACCAUUCUCCCGUCUUCUAGAGACUCGUUCAUUCCCCUUUGGGACCAUUGCAUUAACUCAAUUCUUUCCUUCUUCUGCAACCAAGAUUUCAUUCUAAUCAGAAAGCCAACAUAUACUACUACUAGUUCUACUGCGUUGCAAGAUCAAUGGCCCAACGUUACUGGUUUCGUUAACAACUAUUGCUUAUGGCGAGGGGAAGAAACUGAUCAACUACGAGAGGGACAACAAGAUCCGUCUUCCACCAUUGUUGAGAAGCUUCUGUGGACCUACGCGGAUCUACCUUACAUUCUCGGCUACUACGCCAUUGGAACCAAGGUAACACUCUGCGCGUUAAGUAGGUCAACGCAAUCAGACCAAGGAGAAACGAGAAUUGUACGAACGGAUCUACAACAACUUAACCUAACUACACCUACAGAACGAAUCAAAGCUUUGGUUCCGUGUUUCAGAAUCGCUACACUGUUACCGUUACUGAGCAAGAUCUGUAACAACAGCAAGGGACUCGGGAUCUUCACGUACAGCGAUUUCGAGAGAUUUGACCACGGAAACGGCGUCGUAACGGAGAUGACGCCGAACACGUGCACUAGAAUGUUCUCCGAUAAGAGAAAAUGGCUGGCGGCGAAGGAGGUUUACGAGAUCUUGAAACACCGAAUCCCUCACGCGGAGACUCUGGUUCAGUGUUGCGAAAACGACAUGAGUUUAGUGUUCAAGCCGAGAGGUUGCAGAACGAAGCCUUCAAACUGCGAGGAGUUAGUUGAGGCGUUGAAGUGCGUGACGAAAGCGCUGGUGGCGCUGCACGACUUGUCGUUUAUGCAUAGGGAUUUGGGAUGGGAGAAAGUGUUGAGGAGGAGUGAUAGUAGGGAGAGGGAGAGGGAGAGUGAGUGGUUUGUGUGUGGGUUUGAGGAGGCGAGUGGGGCUCCGGAGCUGAACAGGCGCGUGAGAGUUGGGAGGGAGGGGGAGUGGGCGCCGGAAAUGGAGAGAGGUUUGCAUUCCGUUAAAGUGGAUGUGUGGGGGGUUGGGUGGUUGAUAAGGACCUGUGGUUUGGUGGUUCCCAAAAUGGUGAAGGAGUUGGAGAGGAUGUGUAUGGAGAAUAAUCCCGAGCAUCGGCCUACGGCGGCUGACUGUUAUCACCACCUGCUUCAGCUUCAGUCUUCUCUCUCUCACCACCAACCGCCUCCUGCUGCCGCUCAUUUGAUGUGA